GAGCUCUGUCUCCAAAACAGCGACAUUUUCUUUCGAUUUUCCUCAUGUCGACUCACGGAGCACCUGCAACAUGUAGGUUAUUUACGUUUGUUGAUUUCAUUCAAGUAACUCGAAGACUUGCGCAUGAACGUCCGUCCGAGGAUUUAUUGUAUUUUUAAGAAUGUAUGACUUUGACAACCACCUUAAGGAAUAAAAGUUAAAAUGUCUGGAGAAUUUACAGACUCUAACUACGAGGAACCAGCAGCGUUUAUCUACGCCGCAUCCUUCAACGUCAGCUGUAUUUUCAACUCGACCAACCGCUCCAAUGGAGACUUCGUCCACCUGUCAGACUUUGGAAAAACUGAAUAUGUUGGAGAUGGCGCCGCUGUUGUGAGGAUUAUCAUCUCUGUCAUUUACUCUCUGGUGUGCGCGCUUGGUCUGGUUGGGAACUUACUGGUCCUGUACCUAAUGAAGUCGAAGCAGGUGUGGAGAAAAUCAUCCAUCAACCUUUUCGUAACUAGUUUGGCCGUGACUGACUUCCAGUUCGUGCUGACUCUGCCGUUCUGGGCGGUGGAAAACGCGCUCGACUUCACGUGGCUUUUCGGCAAAGCCAUGUGCAAGAUAGUUUCAUAUGUGACAGCCAUGAACAUGUACGCCAGCGUGUUUUUCCUCACGGCCAUGAGCGUGGCGAGGUACUGGUCCCUCGCCUCGGCGCUCAAAGGCAGGAGGCGGCGGACGCACUGCUGCUCCGCGCGGUGCAUGACCGUUUUCAUCUGGUUUGCCGCGGUCUCCGCCGCUCUGCCGCACGCAGUUUUCUCCACCACCGUCUCAGUUUCCGACGAGGACCUGUGCCUCGUCAAAUUCCCGGAAAGCAACGGAACUGCGCAGCUUUACCUGGGACUCUACCACUCUCAGAAAGUGCUGCUGGGUUUCGUGGUGCCCCUGGGCAUCAUCUCCGCCUGCUAUCUGCUUCUUCUGCGCUUCAUCACCUCCAAGAACAUCAACACCUCCAGCGCCAAACGACGCGCCAAAGUAACAAAGUCCGUCACCAUCGUUGUCUUGUCCUUUUUCCUGUGCUGGCUGCCCAACCAGGCGCUCACGGCCUGGGGCAUCCUCAUCAAACUCAACGUGGUUCACUUCAGUUACGAGUAUUACACUAUGCAAGUGUACGUGUUCCCCGUGUCCGUGUGCUUGGCGCACUCCAACAGCUGCCUGAAUCCCAUCCUGUACUGCCUGAUGAGGAGGGAGUUCAGAAAGGCGCUGAAAAAACUCUUCUGGCAGAUGACUUCGCCGACCCUGACCACGAUAAGACCGAUCACAGCCACCACAAAGCCAGAGGUGGACGAGCAAGGGCAAGCCCUGGCCCCAGUCUGCGCUUCGGGAGAGCCCGCGGUGGUGUUUUACCCCCCGGGGGUUGCUAUGUACAAUGAAAGAGGAGAUCUGCCGCAGAACAGCACUUAAUAUUCUAAAUAUUCUGUGAUUGGUGUAUUUUUUUUAUCCGUUUAAGUUUCUGCCAGUUCCUGCUUCACAGCUAUCAGAAAGUUGGAUCUGCAUUUCUUACACAGGUGGCAAAACCUGAAAGAGGAACAUACCCGUUACCGGCUUCAUUUUAUACUUACUGCUUUUCUUAAAACACAACUCACAUGUACAUAACAAGGAAUCUUUUUAAUGUGUUUGUCCAGAAGUAAAGUGCAUCAUAAAAAAAGAAAACGCCAGAUGUGCACAUGCUGGUUCCUUCUCUUUGUUCGGGAUGACACAGAGAUUCAGAUUUUUAAAUGCCACAGUGAGCUCAGGUGCCAUGUUAACGACGAAUGAGUGUGAAUCAAAUGAGUUUCACGGAGGUUUGCUGAUUUUAAAUGAGGGGGGAAAUAGAUUACCCGGAGUAAAGGGGGGUAUUCUGUGCUGCAUGGAUAUCGGACAGUCUUCUUCAAAUAACCUUGCAGUUGUUUCACAGUUAAUGCCAUUUAAAAUGAACAUCGAAUGCUUUAUUGUCAUCAAUACAACAAUCGGUUCAAUGUAACCUAAAUAAAGUCAGUCUUUGUGAAUUUGCAUGAUUUUUAUGCAGAAGUGUUGCUAUUUAAACAGCUUUAAUCUCAAUAUCUUUUAUUUGCCACGGAAACACAAAAGUAAUAUACCAUUACAUACCCAGAUGAGAAUUAAUCUCAUGUUAUAUCACAAACAGGCACAAAGUGGAUUCCAUAUAGUGCUCACUUUACUCUCCUUUACUAUGUCUCCAUCAUUAAUGAAGAAAUUAAAGUCAUAAAGUGAAAAUUAAGAGCAUCUUAAAAUCACAUAUUUUCCACUGCUACAGAUGGCAGCACUUAACUACAGCAAAUCCUGUUAUGUGAAGGAGCCCGGGGGGAAUGCUACUUUUAAUAAACCAGGAGCAAGUGAAUCAUAAAAAAGGAAACACAAUUUAAAAGCAGUUUAAAAGGAGUCAAAAGUGACAAUUGAUUGCUGUCAGAUGACAGGCCCAACCACACACAAUCAGCAAACACAUUAAUACAAGUUUGCCAGAGUGAAACUCCGCACUAAUAGACAAUUAACUGUGCAGCUGUAACAAACAGCAGGAACAGGAUUUAAUUAGGCGGUGAAAUGAUUACUCUCUUAUUUCUAUAACGAUUAGUGAAACUCAUUUGGUUAAGAACCGACGUCCUCUUCUCGGCUCUGUCAGAUAAACCAGUGACACAGACAAGUGGAAUGAGUGAAUUCCUACAUGACAGAGAUAAAGACGGCACUGAAACAAUCAGCAGCCUCGAGGAGAAUUUCCUUUCACAUAGCAGAAGGCUAAUGUGAUUUCAAUCAAAUGGCUAAUGGCUAAUUAGGUCCUGGAUAUUAAAUUAAAGUAGCACCCCAGAGCUGUCAUGUGGGUGUUUAACCUGGCAGCCAUGGUGUGGUGUGCACACACGUCGGUGAGCAUGUAAUCUGUUAGUAAAAAUCCCUUUGAGGGAAGGAAAAUAACUAAAAAUCCUUAUUAAGAAUUCAAAUGUGUAUUCUGCAUAAAUUGAGCUAACAUCUCCAGAUCUCCCACAGCGCUGGAGAAGAGCCUUUGAUGUGUCAUGACGAACGCCAACGGAAGCAUUUUUUCUAAGAUAUGUAGAUCUUCUAAGGACACAGUUCUAAAGUCUUUUUUUUCUGUGUGUGUGUUUGUGCCACAUUUACAUUUUUCGAUCGUUUCCCUAAUAUUUUUGACGUGCGACAUGGUGAUAAACACCUAGGAAAUGAACUGCUGACUAAAGUUUUAAUGGCAGUUUUGGAUUCAGCAACCACAUUUUUUCUGAUAGCAUAACAGUUAAUGUGAAAUAAGGAUGGAAAACAAGCUUCGAAAAGUCAGCAAGCUACUGAUCUGUCUCCCGUCCUUACAACUGUCUACAUAAACCCUGGUAUAAUGAGGAGAAAACAAAGUUGGAGAGUUGUUUUUUUUGACUGCCACUAAAAAUAAUAAUAAUAAUAAUAAUAAACAACUCAAAUAGCUGAAAGCAAAUGUUGGCCUGGUACACACUGGUUACUACUAUGCCUAAAGAUAUAUUUUAAAGCUAAGUCAACAAUUAUGUGAAAUAGGAAAAAGUCCAAUAUCCUUUGACCUAUCUAUCCACCCCAAACUCCUCCAUGGGUGGACUUAGUGGCUAUAAAACCCAUGUCAUGUUUUCUACAUCCACAAGAGGGCACUGUCACAAUGAAAUAUAACUGUAUGUGUUUGGGGUAUUUUUAAUUAUUUUAGGACAGUCUUGAAACAUGAAUAUAAAAACAACCGCCCACGCUCAAACUCUGCACACUCACUGUGUGGCAUAAUGACUUUCAGACAUCCAGAUUAAAUAAAAAUCUGGAAAAUACACCUCAGAUUGGACACAAGUCACGUCGAUGCAGUAAUUCAAUUGUGUUUGGAGAUUCCUACUUGACUUCUUCUUGUCUCAUGGCUUUUAAAUUUAGAUUUUGUUGCUAUUUUUCACCGCAAGUUUGUGAUCUUAGGGAUCCACAUAAAUAUAUAUAAC